AUGGCUGGCCAACUAGGGAAUAUCCCACGGGAUAUAGUUAACGGCGAGAAUGUGCAAAAGCCGUCGGAAAAUGAUGUCCCAGUCAGCGAGCAGGACCUCAGUCGCAUCUGGCAAUGGAAUGCUAUCGUGCCAGAGCGUGUCGAUGCCUGCGUUCACGACUUGAUAUCUCAGUCAGUACAUCGGCAGCCGGAAGCUCCAGCCGUCUGCGCUUGGGAUGGCAGCCUCACCUAUAGAGAGCUGGAUGACCUUUCAAGUCAAUUGGCCUAUCGCCUUGUUGGCCUCGGAGUUGGACCUAAUAUGUUCGUGCCGCUGUGCUUCGAGAAGUCGAUGUGGACCACCGUGGCUAUGCUCGCGGUGAUGAAGGCCGGCGGCGCAGCUGUAGGAAUAGACAUCACUCAGCCCGAGGAACGCUUACGCACAAUCGUGAGCCAGGCCAACCCACAUGUGAUAUUAGCAUCAGAGACGCACCGGAUCCUCGCUCAAAGGCUGGCUAAAUGCACUGUGGUUGUCGUUAGCGAGGGGCAUCUGAAGCAAUCACAUCCAUCCCCCGUUCUCGAGCUUCCGAAAAUUUGCCCAUCUAGUGCAUUGUAUCUCGUGUAUACCUCCGGAAGCACAGGCACCCCCAAAGGAGUCAUUGUCACACACAGUAACUUUAGUAGUGCCAUUAGGCAUCAGAGAGACGCGCUUGGGUUUACCGCUGACUCUAGAGUCUUUGAUUUUGCCUCUUAUGCUUUUGAUAUGGCAUGGUAUAAUUUCAUCUACACACUAUCGGUAGGGGGCUGCUUGUGUGUGGCAUCAGAAGAUGAAAGGAAGAAUGACGUUGCUGGCUGUAUUGAACGAUAUCGAGUAUCAUAUGCCUUUUUUACCCCAACGCUGGCACGUGUUCUGGGAAGAAAAGUCCUCUCGAGGCUCUCGGUGCUUGUCUUCGCUGGCGAACCCGUGCUACCAUCAGAUACCACGCUUUGCGGACCCAAAGGGCGCACCAUAAUCUCGUACGGACCUGCAGAGUGCACGCCAGGUUCAACAGUUGCUGAGAUUGCGACGAUACCAGCAGGACCUGUUAUUGGAGAAGGAUACGGCGUGGUGACUUGGGUUGUCGAUCUAGUUCGUCCAGACAGAUUGGUUCCUAUUGGCGAAGUCGGUGAGCUGUGGCUGGAAGGGCCUCUGCUCGGUGAUGGAUAUCUGGAUGAUCCAGAGAGAACGACAAUGGCAUUUACAACAGAUGCCCCCUGGCUCACGGAGGGCGGACCAGUCUGUAGUGGAAGACGAGGCCGUCUCUACAAGACGGGUGACCUGGUGCGGUACCAGACAGAUGGCUCAUUGGCCUUUGUUGGGCGUAAGGAUACACAAGUGAAGAUUCGGGGCCAGCGUGUGGAACUUGGCGAGGUGGAACAUCACGUCCAGGAACUUCUGAGACGGAGCGAGAGCGACGGAAAUGUUGACAAAACCACCCUGACGCGGGCAGUCGCCGAGGUCAUUGUUCCCAAAGGCAGUAAUACUCCCACACUAGUCACAUUUAUUUGCCUUGAUACUGGUUUUCCUGAUGAGGAGUCUCGGAAUCAGACCAUCCAGAAAAUGACCGCUGGCAUAGACAAACACCUGGCCAGCAAGAUUCCAAUGUACAUGAUCCCGACGUCAUACAUCCCAAUUGACGCCCUUCCAAUGACAGCAACUGGGAAGACAGACCGCCGUAAACUACGAGAGAUCGGCAGCCUGUUAACCCAGAGGCAACUAGACAGUUUGGGCCAGUCCAGUCACCCUUCACGGCCUGUCAGUACCGACAUGGAGAAGAGCCUACAGACUCUUUGGGCGAUGGUUCUAGAUAUCGAAGCAACCAGCAUCAGCGCCGACGAUAGCUUCCUCCGGCUUGGCGGCGAUUCGGUUCGGGCAAUGCAACUUGUUGGCGUUGCACGGGAGCAUGGCCUAUCCUUCUCCGUUGCGGAUUUAUUCAAUCACCCCAGACUCGAGUCACUGGCCAGAAUCACUGAGACAAAGACAAUAUCGCACAGCGAGACUAUCCCGGCCUUCUCUCUGUUAAAAUCACACCUAUCCGUGGAAGAUGUGCAGACGCAGGCUGCUGCGAUGUGCGGUGUGAACGCCGCCGACAUCCAAGAUAUUUUCCCUUGUACGCCGCUCCAAGAAGGGUUGAUGGCGCUGACAGGGAGACGCAAGGGCGACUAUGUUGCAUCUAUUACUCUCGAGCUGGAUGAGAUGACCGAUCCACGACGUCUGCGGAACGCUUGGGAGCAGGUUGCCACCGAAGCUCCCAUAUUACGAACGAGAAUCGUUGACAUACCUCGUCAAGGGCUCGUGCAAGUAAUACUGAAUGAGCAUGUGGAAUGGGAAACUGUGGAUGAGCUUGAGACUUACCUUGGUGAUGGCCGACGGAAGGAUAUGGGAUUGGGCACCCGUCUAAGUCGAUUCGGCGCUGCAUUUGAAGCCUCGAGCUCGAGCCCUCGGUAUAUGGUUUGGACUAUGCACCAUGCGUUGUACGAUGGGUGGUCAAUGCGGUUGAUCAUGAACGCCUUGAGAGACGCCUAUCAGAUGAAGCCGAUUCCAUCUCUUCAACCUUUCCAGACGUUUGUCAAGUAUUUAGCCGACACUGAAGAAACAGCAGCAGCAUCGUUUUGGAGAACCCAGUUUACAGGAUUAGAGGCGGCUCAGUUUCCAGCUAUACCGUUGCCAGGAUAUCACCCCCGGCCGACCAGCAAACUGACGUCUAUCAUUGAGAGUUUGGAGUGGGGGAACACUGAGAUCACUGGCUCAAAUCUCAUCCGAGCCGCGUGGUCGAUAUUGAUUUCAAACUACACCGGAUCUAGCGAUGUGAUAUUCGGGACGACCAUCGCUGGGCGUCAAAGCCCUAUUGCCGGGAUAGAGAGGAUUGCUGCUCCCACAAUUUCGACAGUGCCGCUACGAAUCGUUGCGAACCCCCUGGAGACUGUGGAUGAAAUUAUCGCCAAGCGCAUUCGCCAAGCCAGUGCCGAUGCCCAGGAGGCAUGUCGUUUCCAGACGCUCAUCGUUGUACAGCCAUAUGAUGAGGACAACGAGAGCAGUACGAUUUUCCGUCCCUCAUCAUUAAGUGUGGAUUCCAAUAUUGAGUAUAACGCACUACUUUCGUAUGCGUUGGUGGUUGAGUGUCGCCUAGAAGCAAAAGGAAUGCGCGUGGACGCAAACUUUGACGAAAAUGUCAUUGAAAGUACCAGAGUCUCCUUCUUACUGCAGCAGUUCCAGUACAUCCUUCAGCAGAUAUGUGUACAGGAGAAUGGAGAGAGAAGGCUUCAAGACGUGGAGGUCACUAACAGCCAAGAUCUGGAAACGAUCUGGAAUUGGAACGACAAACCCUCAGAAAGCAUCAAUAGUUGUGCACACGACUUGUUUCUCCAGGCGGCUCGCCGUCAGCCAGAUGCAGAGGCUGUAUGUGCGUGGGAUGGCCGACUUACAUACGCCCAGCUUGAUACGUAUUCAAAUACUCUAGCCUCCCACCUCGUUAGUAUUGGAAUAGGGGCAAAUGUGAGAGUGCCGCUCUGCCUCGAAAAAUCAACAUGGACGCCUGUUGCCAUGCUGGCAGUGAUGAAAGCGGGCGGAAUAGCUGUAGGCAUGGAUAUUACGCAACCAGAAGCACGUCUCUGCACUAUUGUGAAGCAAUCUAAGGCAAAACAUAUUCUGUCCUCAGCCAGCGCCGAGACACUUGCAAAUCGCUUGGGAGACUGUCUAGUCAUCACAGUAUGCCAGGAGACCUUGAGCAGUCUUCAACGUCAACCGCAGACUCCUCUACCCUUCAUUAAACCAUCAGACGCUCUCUGCACCCUGUUUACAUCUGGCAGUACGGGAACUCCGAAAGGGACAACUCUGACCCACUCCAACUUCAGUACAGGAAUCGAACAACAGAUACGAGCUUUUGGUAUCCAGUCAUCGUCCCGAGUGUAUGACUUUGCCUCGUAUGCUUUUGAUUUCGCAUGGUCAAAUCUCCUGUUGCCUCUAUCCGUUGGAGGUACCAUCUGUAUCCCAUCUGAAGAGCAACGAAAAAAUGAAAUUGCCGAAUCUAUUAAUCAGCUUGGGGCAAACUUUGCCUUUUUCACACCAUCCGUUGCUCGGGUCCUUGACCCAAAUACUCUCCCGAAUUUGAAGACGCUCGUUGUCGGUGGAGAGGCAGUGCAGAGGAAUGAUUUCUACGACUGGCCGAGCAGAAUCAAGCUGCUCAAUAUCUACGGACCGUCCGAGUGCACAGUAAUGGCAACAUACACGGAUAUACGUCCGGGGCAGGAGAAUGAUGGCACCAUCGGCAAAGGAGCAGGCAGCACGACGUGGGUGGUACAGCCGUCUGGUCAAAACCUAUCGCCAAUCGGUGCUGUGGGAGAGCUGUACCUCGAAGGCCCCCUGGUCGGCAUUGGGUAUCUUGAUGAUGCGGAAAGGACAGCAAGUAGCUUUCUUGAGAACCCUGUUUGGCUUUGCCGUGGAGGACCGGGUCAUAUAGGGCGGCGUGCCCGAGUAUACCGCACGGGAGACUUGGUUCGGUAUAACCCUGAUGGCUCGUUAGUGUUUGUUGGGAGGAGAGAUACGCAAGUGAAGCUCCGUGGACAAAGAAUCGAGCUCCAGGAGGUUGAGCACCACGUACAGAGCUUGCUGAACACCGAUAACAAGAACGGCACCCAGAUCGUGGCCGAAGUUAUCGAACCGGAGGGAAGCGGAAACCCAACACUUGUCGCCUUUGUCCACACGACGAUGAACCACAGCCAUCUCGAAGCAGCCGACAAGGAGGCUCACAGAAAUGCUGUGCGGAAAAUGACAGAUGGGAUCGAAGAUCGCCUGGGGGAAAAUGUUCCCGUCUAUAUGAUCCCAACAGCUUUUAUCUCGCUACAGAGCUUGCCUAUGACAGCUAGUGGUAAGACUGACCGACGACGUCUACGAGAGUUGGGCGCCUCGAUGUAUUCGGCUCAUCGUGUUCAAAGAACUGAGAAUGGAUAUCACCCGCCCUCGACCGAGUUGGAGAAUGUCCUUCAAAGAAUAUGGUCCGAGGUCCUGAAUAUACCGCUAGAAAGCAUAGGUAUUGACACAGCAUUUACACGGCUCGGCGGUGAUUCUAUCUCUUCGAUGCAAGUCGUUUCGCGCUGCCGAGCCAAGAACAUAUCUCUUACGACCAGCGAUAUUCUUGGAUCAAAGACUAUCGAAAAGCUCGCUCUGUGUUGCAAAGAGGUAAAGCGCAAAUCAGUUAUGGCUGAUGAAUCUACCGAAGAGACACUAUGGCAUCUCUCGCCCAUCCAGCAAAUGUUCUUUGACUUUCACCCUCAGGGUCUCGGCCACUUCAAUCAAAGUUUUAUGCUGAAGCUCAAAGCUCCUGUAUCUGUAGACGUGCUCUUUGUAGCUCUACAGGCAACCGUGAGUCGCCAUCCAAUGCUACGCGCCAGAUUUUGGCCAGACUCAAGCGGGUGCUGGCAGCAGCUUGUUGUCAAAGACUCGCAACAUGCCUUUGCGUUUGAGAGGCAUGUGGCUUGCCAACGUAGCGAGGUCCAGGCCCUUGCGAAGGCUCGACAAGAGUCAUUGAGUAUACUUAGCGGACCUGUAUUUGCGGCCGAUGUGUUUUCCAUCCCUGGAGAGCAGCAGAGUCUACUAUUAACGGCACAUCAUCUGAUAAUUGACUUGAUGUCGUGGCGGAUUAUUUGGCACGAUAUCGAGCAGCAUAUACGAGCCGGCGAAGGAAGCACACUUGCCCCAGAACCAAUUUCAUUCCAAACGUGGUCUAAAGUGCAGAGACAUACAAGUCGAAGCCUCCAACCAGAGCAGGUUCUCCCAUCUCGCGUUACCGCUCCCGAUUUCAAGUUUUGGGGCGUUAAGCUGGGAGAAAAUGAUAGUUCACAAUGCUGCAGCUAUGUCGAGAGUCUGGAUGAGAAAACGACUGAUUUGUUGCUUGGGCGAAGCAACGACUGCUAUCGAACCGAGCCGGUGGAUAUUCUGCUAGCAGCUUUAACGUAUUCGUUUCAGCAGGUAUUUACUGACCGUCGUCCUCCUCCUGUCUUCUUAGAAGGCCACGGUAGAGAACCACCCGAAGACUUGCAUAUCGAUCUGUCAGAAACAGUGGGAUGGUUUACAUCAAUACACCCUGUUGAUGCCCCCAUUGCGGCGGACGAGUCAAUUCUUGCGGCUAUCAAGUCUGUCAAGGACUAUCGGCGGCGAAUCCCUGGCAAAGGUCAGCCAUACUUUGCAUAUCGCUACCACACCGAGAAUGGCCAACGGGCCUUUGAUUUCCACAGAGAAAUGGAGGUUAUACUCAAUUACACUGGAAGAUUUCAGCAACUGGAGAGUCAUAACGGCCUCUUCCAGCCAGAAGAUAGGCUGGAUCUGGUAUCUGCUAUAGAAGAGGUAUCUCCAAAGGCGCAGCGCUUCUCUCUGGUAGAGGUCAGUGCAGAUAUAAUGCAAGGCAGGCUGGCUCUUUCGUUCUACAUCAACAAGCGCAUGAAUCAUCAAGGCAGACUUGAAGAUUGGGCCAAACUAACUCAGCAUAAUAUUAACCUCGCCGUUCACCAAUUGGCCAACACUGAGCCUACAUUCACUUUGAGCGACUUCAGUCUCCUGCCUACUACGAAUCUUGACCUUGAAAGACUGCUAAGAGAGCGCUUGUUGCCGAUUGGCGUCAAGUCUUCUGACAUCCUCGACAUUUAUCCCUGUACUCCUGUGCAGGAGGGCAUUUUACUAAGCAAAGAAAAGGGGGCGGCUUCAUAUGCCAACUUUUGGGUUUGGAAUUGCAUUCCUUCUUUUGACGAAGACUCUGUUUCACCCGAUCGCCUGGAAGAAGCUUGGAGAUUAGUCGCCCGCCAACACUCGAUACUAUCAACCAUCUUCACUGAGCAGCUUGAUGGUGGUGGAUUCGUCCAAGUACUUCUCAGUAACCCGCAGUGCCGAGUUGUGCGCAUGAAUACAUUGUCAACACCACCUACGGACGCCUUACUGGAGGUUGAAACCCCAGUGUUCGCAGCUGGACAGCCGAGUUAUGCCUUUACUAUUGCCUGGAACUCAGAUGGCCAUGUUGCUUGCAGAUUGGACAUCAGCCACCUUCUAAUUGACGCAUCUUCGCUGCACGUUCUACUAAGGAGCCUAGCUAAGUCUUAUCAAGGACAAACGAUAGAGCGGGCUCCCCAGUUUAGAAACUUGGUGGCACACCUGGGGCACCAGACAAGGCAAGAGAAACUGUCGUUCUGGACUAACUGCUUAUUCCAAGCCCGGCCAUGUAGGCUUAUAACUGCGCCAGCAUAUGGAUCCUUGGUCAACACAGACCGCAGUUCACACGGAAUGAUUACAAUUCCAACAGAAAAAGCUGCGGGAAUCGAUCUUUUCUGCAGGUCGAAGGGUAUAACGCGUUCGGUUUUCCUGCAAGUGGCUUGGUCACUCGUUCUCUCUCGGUAUACUGGAAUGAGUGAUAUCAUUUUCGGAUAUAUGGCUUCAGGUCGUGAUGCACCGAUCCGAGAUAUCGAAAGCAUGAUCGGACCGUUGAUUAAUCUACUCAUUAGCCGUAUUGACCUCAACCAGAGUCUAGACAAUAUUCUAGUAAAGACUUCCGAGAAUUCCAUCGAGCAGCUUAGAUUUCAACACUCGUCUUUGGCGGAUAUCCAACACGCAUUAAGCAUGGGCUCUGAGCAGCUAUUCAACACUGCUCUCACGGUGCGGGAGCAGUUUCGUUAUGAGAGCACAAGAGAGAUCAGAUUUGACGAAGUAUACGGCCAUGAUCCGCACGAGUUUGACGUUAUCCUGGAGGCUGUGCUGAACGGCAGUGAUACGAACAUAAGUAUCAUCUAUUCGGAGGCAUCCAUAGGAUCUGUUGCCGCGUACGAAUUAGCAACGACUGCGACAUUAGCAAUCGACUUCAUCCUUAGCAAUGGCGAAAACUCUCUGAAUAGUAAACGGCUUGAUACCUCGGAGUAUUACCCAACUUUGAACGGCACGAACGGUGAACAUAAUAACAAUUCAGAGGGCGAGCUAGAAGGACUCCAAAGGAGGUUUUUUAAGCACGUCACUGGUACUAGUGACGAAGAAGCGAAAAAUUACUGGCGACAGCAAUUUUCAGACCUUCAAGGACAAAUGUUCCCCUCUCCAUCUCCCCAAUCAUUAUCACGCCCUUACAGUGUAGGUAAUCACAUACACAGCAUUGAAGGCUUGCCUCGCCAUGAAUCACCAAUGAGUGUACUCAUAGAGAUGUCAUGGGCAAUCUUGGCGGCAAAACGGACUGGCUCAAGGGACGUGAUAUUCGGAACAGCGGAACAGGGCAUGACCUCCAUUAACGGUUUAGCUUCGACAGUCCCAGUACGAGUGGUUUUAGACUGGACGGACACCUUGGAAGAGACAGUUAAUAAGAUGCGACAACAGGCGGAGCAGAGGAAUGCGUUUAAGAAGGUUGGGCUCGAGUGUGUUCGAAAAGCUAGUCCAAACGCUGAGGAGGCCUGUCGCUUUCAAACGCUGCUCGUAAUGCAGUCGAAUGGUAAAGAUGGUCAAUCUUCUGAAGACGCCCACCAGGAUUCUGACCACGAGGAGACUAUCAGCUGUCCUCUGGAAAUAAGAUUUGCAAUGCAAACUCAGAGCAUGGUUCUGAAUUUACGGUUCGACUCAAAGGUUGUUGACGAAGCUCAAGUAUCCCGAAUCGCAUUUCAAUUCGAGCACAUCCUAAGACAAGCAUGUGACCAGACCGGCCGUGCCAUGGCGAGGACUCUACAAGAUAUCAGCACACUCAGCAAUCAAGAUGUCGCCGACAUCUUGCGCUGGAACAUGACGAUCCCCGAGGCCGACGAUACAUGUAUCCACGACUUGAUCUCUAGGACAGCGACCCGCCAACCACAUGCUGCCGCGAUUUGUGCAUGGGACGGAGACUUGACCUAUGCGCAGCUGGACUCGCUCUCCACGCGAUUGGCUGAGCAUUUGAUCACUGUAGGAGUAACUGAGGGCUCGAUAGUCCCACUCUGCUUUGAAAAGUCAAUGUACACUCCUCUGGCUAUGCUGGUAGUAAUGAAGGCCGGCGGCGCAUCACUGGCGAUGGAUGUGUCGCAACCAAAAGAACGCCUCUGCAGUAUUGUUGAGCAAGUUAACCCUGCCAUCAUCCUUUCAUCGGUUGCUGGCGAGGAGCUAGCCAAGUCUUUAGACUGCCGUGCCAGUGUGGUCGUUGUAGGGAGAGAAUCUCUAUCGCAUCUGGCUUCAACCAAAGCUUCGGAACCAUUGCCUACAAUAACUUCGUCCAGCAUUCUAUAUGUGGUCUUUACAUCUGGUAGUACAGGGACUCCCAAAGGUGUUGUCGUGACGCACAGAAAUAUCAGUAGUGCAAUCAAACACCAACAACAUAUCCUCGGGUUCACGCCUAAUAGCAGGGUCUUCGAUUUCAUCUCGUAUGCCUUUGAUAUGGCCUGGUUUAACUUUAUUCAUGCGAUGUAUAAAGGCAGCUGUUUAUGCAUUGCUUCGGACGAGGAACGAAUGAACGAUCCUGCAGGCUGUAUUGAACGGUAUCAAAUAACUUACGCGCUUUUUACUCCCACUCUAGCACGUAUAAUUGGAAAAGCCAUGCUGUCAAAACUUGAAGUGCUAGCCCUUGCAGGCGAGCCAGUCUUGUCCUCAGACUUUAGUCUCUGUGAAGAUGGAAAGACGGUUGUCGUCUACGGGCCUGCUGAGUGUACACCUGGCUCUACAGUUGCAGUUGCAGUUCCUGACAAUGUAUCGGCUGGAGCAACCAUAGGCAACGGUUACGGAGUGAAUACUUGGUUGGUGGAUCCUGACGACGAAGACAAGCUGGUAUCGAUCGGAGAAGUUGGAGAGCUAUGGUUGGAAGGUCCUCUCCUCGGUCAGGGUUAUCUGAACGACUCAGAAAAGACAGAAAAGCUCUUUAUUCAAGAUCCUUCUUGGCUAGGAUUAGGUGGACUUCAGCAUCACGAGCAGCGUGGUCGCCGCUUUUAUAAGACAGGAGAUUUGGUGCGAUAUAACUCAGAUGGAAGUCUGAUGUUCGUCGGACGCAAAGAUAUGCAGGUCAAGAUCCGAGGCCAGCGCGUGGAGCUCAGUGAGGUCGAACAUCAUAUGCGCAGCGCACUUCAGAGGCAAGACGAGACUCACAGUAUCAUCUCUUCACAAGUACAAGCCUUGGCCGAAGUUAUCAGAACGAACAAGGGUCAGACUUCGACCCUCGUCGCAUUCGUGUGCGUAACAAAUGACAAUCUAAACAACGAACAGCCCCAAGACAAGGCGUUGGAGCUCGCAGUCACGGCGAUCGAGCGAUAUCUCGUCGACAGAGUACCGACAUAUAUGGUUCCAGCUGCAUUCCUACCGCUAGAUAUCUUUCCAAUGACGGCCACAGGCAAAGCAGAUCGGCUCAAGCUUCGUGACUUGGGUGCCUCGAUGUAUGACAACUACACGAGUAUCCAGAACGUCCAUCAGAGGCACGUCUCCGCUUCGACGGACUUGCAACGAGUAAUCGUAGAGGUUUGGGCAGAAGUGCUCAAUGUUCCUUUUGACAAUAUUUCCAUCGAUGCACCAUUUCUGUCGCUGGGCGGCGACUCAAUCGCAGCAAUGCAGGUGGUGUCCCGUUGCAGGGCUAGGGACAUCUCUGUUACAGUUGGAGAUGUACUUCAGUCCAAGACGAUUGAGAAUUUGGCUGGACGGUGCAAGUCCAUGGCAGUCAACCGCGCACACGUUGCAGCCGAAGAGAGCCCCGACGGCCAGGCGUGGCUACUCUCCCCGAUCCAGCAACUGUUCUUUGACGCGCACCCUCAUGGGCUCAACCACUUCAACCAGAGCUUUGUAUUGCGGUUCACUGCGCCUGUUCCAGGAGCGGCCGUGAGAGCAGCUCUGGAUGCCGUGGUUCGAUGUCACCCGAUGUUGCGAGCCCGCUUUCGACAACGCGAUGACGGCCAGUGGGAGCAAGUCAUACCUGAUGCUGGAGCCGAACUACUCGCAUUUAAGCAUCACUCCGAGAUUGAGAGAACUGAGGUACGAGAACUUUCAAAGGCUAGAAAGGAGUCUCUAGACAUCUUUGAUGGACCUGUUUUUGCAGCAGAUCUCUUUUCCGUGAUCGGAGAGGACCAAAGUCUGUUGCUAACUGCACACCAUCUUGUCGUUGAUCUGGUCUCUUGGCGUAUCAUCUGGCAAAAUAUAGAACAGCACAUCCGAACCGGCACUCUACCAAGCCAAGAGCCUCUCUCAUUCCAGAGAUGGUGUAGGUUACAGCGGGAGAUAAGUUCUUCAUUGAGCCCAAGCAAAGUUCUUCCAGUGCCAGUUAGUACAUCUGAUUUUAGUUACUGGGGGGUUCCGCUGGCCGAAAAUGUGGAAGGCGACACUCAAAAUCACAUCGUGUCCUUGGGAGAAGCGACGACUGCUCUUAUAUUGAGCAAAAGCAAUGAGUGCUUCGCCUCUGAACCCGUUGAUCUGUUGCUAGCAGCACUCAUCUACUCGUUGCGCCAAACCUUUCCGGACCGCGAAAGCCCUCCCGUUUUUGUCGAAGGUCACGGCAGAGAGGCCUUGGACGACUUUGAAGCUGACCUGUCUGAGACUGUGGGAUGGUUUACGACUCUCCAUCCUGUACAAAUCCCUGGGACACUUGAAGAUGGGAUCCUGGACACGGUGAAAUUUACCAAGGAUGCUCGAAGUGUCGUCCCAAACAAGGGACUUUCUUAUUUUUCCUGUCGCUAUCAGAGCGAUGCAGGUCAGCAGGCAUUCAGACAUCAUGACGGGGCAGAAAUCACCUUUAACUAUAUGGGACGAUACCAGCAACUAGAGAAUACUAAUGCUUUGUUCAAGUUAGAGAAUAGAGCCAACAGGAUUGCUGAUAACUCGGACGUUUCACUCAAAGCGCGGCGUCUGGCGCUAAUUGAGGUCAAUGCUGGGGUGGAAGGCGACAAAAUGGUCAUAUCCAUUGCUAUCCAUAAACUGAUGCGCCAUCAAAAUCGCCUUGCAGACUGGAUUAGGUUGUUUGAGGAGACAUUGAACACUGCGGCAUAUGAUCUAUCUAAAGCCACCCGAACCUUCACUCUGAACGACUUCCCUUUGCUGAAGACAACAUAUAGGGGCUUAGAUCUACUCUUAAAUGAGCAACUCUCGGCAGUGGGAAUUAGCGUUGACAACGUCCAAGACAUUUAUCCGUGUACGCCAGUCCAAGAAGGUAUGCUUCUCACUCGAAACAAAGCGGCGGCUUCUUAUGAAAACUAUUGGGUAUGGGAAUGUUGUUUGAGCAACAACAAUUUUUUGAAUGCCGGGGCCUUCCCUCAGAGACUUGAGGCCGCGUGGCGAGCAGUUGUAUCCCAGCAUCCAAUACUUUCAACCGUUUUCGUUGAAGACGUGGACAAUGGAGGCUUUAUACAAGUUGUGCUCCGAAACUCACCAGCAAGAGUAAUCCACCUCCACCCGAAACUUGCAUCUGCAUCUGCCGCAAAACCCUUGCUGGAGAUGGAGAGGCCUCGCUUCUCUUCCCGUGAACCCGAGUGUCAAUUCACAAUUUCUAGAGGUGCAAACGAGGACUUUGCUUGUCGAGUCGACAUCAGCCAUACGCUCAUGGAUGCAACAUCUAUGCAGUUGCUUCUCCAGGAUCUCAACAGGGAACUCAGCGGCCACAGCGCAGUAGCCGCCCCUCCAUUCAGAGAUCUGGUCCAGCACUUGAGUGGUGUAUCUAAGUCUGAGCGACUGUCGUUCUGGUUAGCGUAUUUAAACGACGUCGAGCCUUGUGAGAUUCCUGUAUUUGGACCUUCUGGGAAGCUGACAGACCGCUCGUACGGUAUGCUCAAACUGCCGGCCCAGGCCAGCGCAGGAGUUGCCGCGAUUUGUAGACAUCACGGAAUCACUCGCUCUAUUUUUCUACAAAUAGUCUGGGCAUUUGUUCUCUCGCAGUGUACUGGCAAGCACGAAGUUUGCUUUGCGUAUAUGGCUUCUGGAAGAGAUGCACCAAUCAUUGGCAUUGAGAGGAUGGUUGGGCCCCUGAUCAAUAUGCUUAUUAGCCGCGUUGACGUGCGCAAACCACUUAGUGAUAUGCUGCGCAAAGCUGCCGAGGAUACGAUAGAGCACCUCAAGUUUCAGCAUAAUUCGUUAGCUGAGAUACAGCACCAGCUGCAACUCGGUCCUAGUCAACUCUUCAACACGGCAUUGACAGUUCACGACUCGUCUUCAAGCAAUGGCCAAACUGAUAUGGUGACUUUCAACGAAAUCAGUAGCGAUGAUCAACAUGAGUUUGCUGCGCUCCUCGGCGUAGACCUGAAUGGACCAAACACGGAUAUCAUGCUCAGCUACCAAACAGAUCUGAUCGGCCUAACUGAAGCCGAGCACAUCUUGCAUACAGUUCAUAUGGCGAUCCAGUAUCUUCAAAGCCAUAUGACCAAUGAAACUCAACAAUCAUCAUCAAUUCGUGGCCCAAGCGUGUCCUGGCAACAAAAUGGAGAAAGUACUCAAGAUUCCUUCAACCAUCAAAGUUUCUUUGAAUUUUUCGCUGGGGUCGACGAAGAAAGCGCAACACAAUUCUGGCAAACCUACUUGCAUGACUCAAAAGCACAGAGUUUUCCUAUUAGAAGCGGGAUUUCUGUCGAGGGUACCAGCCACCUGCAGCUUGCGAGCUUUGACCACGCUAUACAUGAUCUCCGAUGGAACGAUCUCGACACCUCGCCAACAUACCUCAUAUACUUGGCUUGGGCAGUUCUUGCUGCUCGUUAUACAGAAUCCAAUGAAGUUAUCUUUGCAUCACCUAUCACUCCACGAUAUUCCUUGCAAGGCAAGACUGGACAAUCCUCCCCGGACACGGUGCUACCAGUCCGCCUUGUUCUGGAUUGGGAAGCCACUGUGAAGAAGUCUCUGGACGUGGUAGGUACUGUAUCUAAAGAUGUGGCUAACUUUGGGAGGAUCGGAAUGCAACGUAUCCGCACAAUUACUGGAGGCGAGCAUACAGCCGCUGGAUUCCAGACGGUUCUAGAUGUCGUCCAGCUUGGAGAAAGGAGUCGCCUCGCCCCAACAAGCGAAGAGAAUAUGGAGCUGUCGCUCAGACUAGAAUUUAGACUCGAAGGUGAUGGCAUGAGGCUAGCUAUCUGGUCGCACAAAGCAGCUAUUGAUCAUCGACAAGUCAAGAGGAUGGCAGUGCAGUUUGAGCAUAUCCUUGGACAAAUCUGCUCGCCGCAAAACCAAGGAAAGAGGCUUGGGGCUGUCGAAACGAUUAGCAAGCAAGACUUGCGUGAUAUUUGGAGGUGGAAUUUAACUAUGCUAGAGCCUUUCGAUGUCUGUGUUCACGAGUUGAUCGCCAAGGUAGUGCGGCUUCAACCAAACGCGCCAGCCAUCUGCGCUUGGGACGGGAGCCUGACAUAUAAGCAGUUGGGCGAGCUUUCAAAUCGUCUGUGCUAUCAUCUUAUUGAGCUUGGCCUGGGUAUAGGCCAGAUUGUGCCCAUUUGCAUUGAGAAAUCAAUGUGGGCAUCGGUGGCGAUCCUGGCGGUUAUGAAGGCUGGCGGAGUAAGUUUGGCCUUGGAUGUGACUCAACCUAAGGCGCGGCUUGAAGCCAUUGUUAGACAAGUCAGCCCCAUGAUCAUGAUUUCGUCAGCUGCCAACGAAAUGCUGGCCCAUGAACUAGAAUCAGAUGCCACCAUCGUGGCUGCAUCUGAAGAACAGCUUAGCCGCAUACCACCGCCGUCCCCAGACCUAAAGUUGCCCAUCGUCGAUCCGAGCGAUGCCUUGUAUAUGGUAUUUACAUCUGGAAGCACUGGAAUACCAAAAGGUGUCAUGAUUGCACAUCGCAACUUUAGCAGCGCAAUAAAGUAUCAACAGGAAGCACUGAGAUUCACUCCCGAGUCUCGCGUGUUCGACUUUGCUUCGCAAGCUUUCGACUUAUCCUGGUAUAAUCUGCUCCAUACCUUGACUUCUGGGGCAUGUCUCUGUGUUGCCUCGGAAUCAGAACGACGAGACGAUGUGGCAGGCUGCAUCAAGCGCUACAACAUGACAUAUGCUCAGCUCACACCAACCCUCGCCCGCGUGCUAGGCCGUGCCGCCCUGUCGGGGCUGAACACUUUGGUACUUGCGGGAGAGGCUGUGCUGCCAACAGAUGUAAACCUCUGUGGACCUGAUACGCAUGCCAUCAAUGUUUAUGGCCCCGCUGAGUGUACGCCUUGCUCAACGAUCGGAGACUUGAAGAAGGAUGGCCCUGUCAUUGGCAAUGGACUCGGAUUGCGAACGUGGAUCGUGGAUCCUGUCGACGGGCGUAAACUGAUGCCAAUUGGUGUCGUUGGUGAACUUUGGUUGGAAGGGCCUCUUGUCGGCCAAGGCUACGCCAACGACCCUGAUGCAACAAUGGCAGCAUUUGUUGAGGAUCCCCCCUGGCUCCUUCACGGGGGGCCUUCGAGUUCAGGACGGAGUGGUCGUCUGUAUAAGACAGGUGACCUUGUACGCUACGAUGCGGAUGGACUUCUGAUCUUUGUUGGGCGCAAGGACACCCAAGUCAAGAUCCGAGGUCAACGAGUCGAGCUAAGUGAAGUAGAGCAUCACGUGCGGAACACCCUCGUGGACGGACAAGAUACUCGAUCGGCACAGAUCAUAGCUGAAGUCGUUGUGCCAGAAGGAAGCGAGAAUCCGACUCUUGUGGUCUUUGUCAGCUUAAGUGGCAGUGAUGGCACUCCCGUCACUGACAAGGACCUUCUAGAUCGCACGGUUGGCCGUAUGACAGCCGGAAUUGAUUCUAGUCUGAGCGACAAGGUGCUUAUUUAUAUGAUUCCGUCCGCCUAUAUCCCAAUUGAAACUGUACCAGCAACGGUAACAGGCAAGACUGAUAGACGAAAGCUGCGUCAGCUCGGGGCAUCGUUUACAGCGCAGCAGCUGAGCAAUCUGGCAUUAUCACAUAUCAAACAACAACAGGUGGAAACAGUGACUGAAAAACAACUUCAAACUCUCUGGUCCACUAUCUUGAACAUAGAUAGUGCUAGGAUCGGUGUCAAUGAUAGUUUCCUGCGGCUUGGUGGUGACUCGAUUGGAGCGAUGAGGCUCGUCGCUGCUGCACGCAAUGAAGGACUGUUACUCUCAGUUGCGGACAUAUUCCAGAACCCAACGAUUGGUGCCCUCUCAAAAGUUUUGGAAGGGCAGCAGGCGAAGGAUAUCACUCCUGAUGAAGUCAUCCCCGCCUUCUCCUUGCUCUCUCCGCCCCAAGAAGCAGACCUUGUACGAAUGCAAGUCGCAGCACUUUGUGGAACCAGCCACGAUGUGGUCGAGGAUGCAUUUCCAUGCACCCCCCUUCAGCAAGGGCUCUUAGCACUCACGGAGAAGCAUGCUGGUGAUUAUAUUGCGACUCUUGUUUUCGAGCUCCCAAGCGAUGUUGACAUCGCCCGAGUGUGUACCGCAUGGAGUCAAGUUGUUGCAAAUACACCCAUUCUACGAACUCGAAUCGUAAACUAUCCAGGAAAAGGCCUCGUACAAGUCGUUCUAAAAGAAGAGGUAGAAUGGACUACAGUGGAAGACCAUGGCGACUUGAACGAAUAUCUCAAGGACCCAGCCCGGCUACAUAUGGGUCUUGGUGUCAGUCUCAGUCGAUUCGGUGUUGUUCUUGGGGGCUUUAGCAAUAAACGCUAUCUAGUGUGGACUAUUCAUCAUGCUCUUUACGAUGGUUGGUCGUUACAAUUGCUCACCAAAGCUGCCGAGACGGCUUAUUUUCAUGGAUCGCCUCCAACACUGAGACCGUUUCAACCUUUCAUCAAGAGACUCGAGCAGAUUAGUCAAGAAGAGUAUUCUUCAUAUUGGAGUGACGAAUUCUCUGGCUCGGAAGCACAGCAGUUCCCGCAGCUUCCAUCCGCCAAUUACCACCCAAACCCACAAGAUACACUGCAGUACCAGGUGACAGACUUGAAUUGGUCAAGAAACAACUUCACCCCUCAGACCAUGCUACGAGGAGCGCUAUCCGUUGUCAUGGGGCAACUGAGCGACUCGCAAAAUGUAGUCUUUGGAGCAAUACUAUCAGGAAGACAGAGUUCUGUUCCAGGAAUUGAAGAGAUGGCAGGGCCUACUAUCUCAACUGUGCCCGUACGGGUGAAGCUGGACUGGGAGUCCGAUCUGGAGCAUACUUUAUAUGCUAUACAAGACCAGGCUGUGCGCAUGAUCCCAUAUGAGCAAGCCGGCCUGCAACGAAUAAGUAGGGUGAGCUCCGAGGCUGAGCAAGCCUGUCGAUUCCAAACUCUGUUAGUGGUGCAGCCUGCUCAAGAUGAGAUUGGUGGCAACAAGCUUUUUAUCCCCCAGGACCAGGAUGCUCUCAAAAGUGACAGUAUCGAAGUCGACCUCGGUGCUUCUCCCAACUAUGCCUUAAUAAUAGAGUGCCAACUUGAAAAGAACGGAGUUAGUAUCGAGUUGAGCUAUGAUCGCAACGUCAUCGGUAGUGUCGAGGUUCGCCGCAUGGCCGAACAGUUUGGCCAUGUCCUAAGACAAUUUUGCGAGAAGCAAGCGAUCAAUAAGACACUUGCGGAUAUAGAUAUGGUUACACCUCAAGACCUGAAAGAUAUAUGGAGGUGGAACGCAGCUGUGCCAGAGGUUUCUGCGGUCUGUGUCCACGACUGCUUGAACGAAAUGACGAAACUUCGGCCGCAAGCACCCGCAAUCUGUGCGUGGGAUGGAUCUCUGAGUUAUGCAGAGCUAUGGGAACUUUCCUCUUAUUAUGCACUACUGCUGGUAAGUCUCGGAGUUGGCCCUGGCGAUGUGGUGCCGCUCUAUUUUGAAAAGUCGAUGUGGACGCCUGUGGCGAUGCUGGCCGUCAUCAAAGCCGGUGGUGCUUUUGUCGCCGUAGACACGACACAGGCCACAUCUCGUCUGAAGACAAUUGUUGAGGAGAUCAAACCGAGAGUUGUACUGUCUUCUACAAAGAACAGAAAAAUAGCAAGUCAUUUGGGUAAGCACACGAUUUUGGUGGUGGAUAAAGAGCAUUCAAUGCAGUAUGAUAUCGCUCAAAAUUCUGUGUUACCCGCUGUCGAUCCUACCAGCACAAUGUACAUCAUUUUCACAUCCGGUAGCACUGGUCGACCCAAGGCGGUGGUUCUGGAACACCAAGCAGUGGCUACAAGCUGUCGCAGUUAUGGAAAAGUCAUGGGCCUGAGCCAGGACUCCAGGGUCCUACAAUUUGCAUCUUACGCGUUUGACGCAUGUAUCAUGGAGAUUUUCUCGACGUGGUUACAUGGUGGCUGCGUCUGUGUGCCAUCCGAAGACAACAGGAUUGCCGACCUGGCCAGAACAAUGGAGUCCAUGGCAGUCAACACAACCCUACUCACCCCUUCCGUUGCGCGGCUUCUGGAUCCUACGAAAGUGCCGACCCUGACGACCUUGAUAUUAGGAGCAGAAGCCCCGUGGGAGUCAGAUUAUGAGCGAUGGCGCGGACUGCCUAAACUCUUUAAUGCUUAUGGGCCUGCAGAGUGCGCCGUGAUUCACUCAGUCCGAACAUGGACAAAUAAGAAGUUGUCACCAAAAACGAUUGGGAGGGCAGUAGGAUCUUGUAGUUGGAUUGUCGACCAGAAAGAUCACACCAAGUUGGUUCCUAUUGGAACAGUAGGAGAGCUUCUGGUGGAGGGACCUAUUCUGGCCCGCGGGUAUUUGAACAACUCGGAGAGCACGGCACAAUCCUUUGUCCACGAUCCGGUAUGGCUGGUCCAGGGAGCUCCUGGUUACGAGGGGCGGCGUGGCCGUCUAUACAAGACUGGAGAUCUGGUUUAUUAUAACUCAGAUGGCUCUUUAGUCUUCGUCGCUCGCAAGGAUACGCAAGUCAAGGUUCGCGGCCAGCGCGUUGAACUCGGAGACGUUGAGCAUCAUGUCGAACAGGCACUCGUGCUUGAUACUCAACACGAUUUAGAGCCAAGCCCUCGUCCACAGGUGGUCGCUGAGGUUAUUCGUCCCCAAGCAAACAGUAACUCGAUGCUCGUCGUCUUCGUUGGCCAGAAUCUGCAUGGAAUUUCUGACAUUAAUGAGGACGCUUGGGCCAGGACUGUCAUGCGUAUGACAGCUGACAUUGAAAAGCGACUGGCAGACGAAGUGCCGUACUACAUGGUACCAACGGCUUAUAUACCAUUGCAAAGUAUUCCGAUUACAGGGACGGGUAAGACUAACAGAAAGAAGCUUCAAGAACUUGGAAUGGAGCUCACCCCGCAGCAACUCAGCGCGUUAACCUCGUCAUCUACUGGCUUGCGACCUGUAGAGACUGAAUUGCAGAGGCGACUCCAAGUUCUUUGGGCGACAGUUUUGGCCGUUGAUAGCAACAUUAUAGGCCUAGAAAGCAACUUCAUGCGUAUCGGUGGUGAUUCGAUCAGCGCCAUGCAAUUGGUUGGUGCUGGCCGUGAUCAAGGACUGUCAUUCUCAGUCGCCGACCUUUUCCGACAUCCAAGACUGGAAGAAUUCGCAACCACCGUGCAGACCGACGGUGCUGAAACUACUGGAAUGGAAGUCAUUCCAGCCUUCUCUCUCCUGAACUGCCGCAUGACCGAGCCAUUGAAAACCGAGGUGGCAGGUCUUUGCUCUGUCAACGCCAUGGACAUUGAAGACGUGUUGCCCUGCACGCCGCUUCAGCAAGGUUUGAUGGCGCUUACGGCAAAGCGAGCGGGCGAUUAUGUGGCAACAAUUGUCCGCAGGAUUCCUAAUAAUAUUGACCACAAGCGGUUACGUAAAGCAUGGAAGCACAUUGUUGCAGCUACUCCUAUACUACGGACGCGGUUAAUCGAUCUACCGGGACAUGGAAUUGUUCAAGUAGUAUUCAACGAAGAACUAGACUGGGUAACAAGUAACGAUCUGGAUCUAUAUCUGGAAGACGGUAGACAACGCGAAAUGGUUCUAGGAGCAUGCCUGAGUAAAUUCGCUGUUGCUUCCACCCAAGAUUCUAGCCAACACUACCUCGUGUGGACGAUUCACCAUGCUCUCUAUGACGGAUGGUCAAUGCAGCUCAUCCUUGACGCCGUGAAGAGAGCAUACCAGACUGGUGCUAACGAUUCGCUGAUUAUGCCAUUCACACCAAUGAUCAAGCAUGUGAUCGAUCUUGAUGACAACGCUGUGAAGGCAUUUUGGGAAAAACAGUUUGCAGGCUCUGAGGGACACUUGUUUCCAACUCUUCCAACAACAUCUUACCACCCUAAAUGUACGAAUCGAUUUUCUUCCAGUUUAGAAAAGCUUCAAUGGGGAACCAAUGAUAUCACGGCCUCUAACAUCAUUCGAACUGCCUGGGCAAUCCUAGUUUCGGGAUAUACUGGUUCUAAUGAUGUCGUUUUCGGGGCAACUGUCACAGGACGGCAGACGCCUCUUAUGGGGAUCGAGCGAAUGGCCGGGCCUACUAUUGCCACCGUUCCUGUAAGAGUGGUAUUAAACCCAAAUGAGACUCUGGAGGCCAAUCUCUACAACAUGCAGAUGCAAGCGGUAGAUAUGAUCCCUUUUGAGCAAACCGGACUUCAACGUAUCAGUCAGGUCAGUUUGGAGGCCAGCGAAGCCAGCCGUUUCCAAACUCUAUUGGUCGUACAACCCGUUGGGGAGGAUUCCAAAGAGUCCAGCCUCUUUCAAGCUGCAGAAGAUACUCCGGCAGACGGAGACAGUUUUAUAGAACACAACUCGACACUUACACAUGCCCUAGUUGUUGAAUGUUGUCUUGAGGCUGCCGGGGCUCGAUUUUAUUUUAACUAUGAUCCCAAUGUCGUCAGCCAAGUACAAGUUCAUCAAAUGUCAGGUCAACUACAACAUUUGGUUCGACAAGUCCUGACAGAGAGUAACAGAUCAAAGAGUCUGAACAGUCUCGAAGUCGUGAGCACACAGGAUUUAAGCAAGAUUUGGGCAUGGAACUCAACUUUUACCGAAUCUAACAACAUCAGCGUCCCUGAUCUACUCACGGGUGCGCCGCACUAUAAUGCAGAGGCGUCGGCAAUCGAUGCCUGGGAUGGGAAGCUGAAUUAUUCCGAAUUGGAUAAGCUCUCUACACGCUUGGCUUGUCAUCUGAUCAGCCUUGGAGUGGGUGCUGAUAUGCUGGUACCUCUGUGUUUUGAGAAAUCCGUCUGGACUCCAGUAGCGAUGCUAGCAGUAAUAAAAGCUGGCGCUGCAGCUGUGGGAAUGGAUGUCACUCAGCCUGAGACACGGCUCCAGACAAUUGUACAACAAACCCAACCGGUAAUGAUUCUCUCUUCAGCGGCAAACGAGGAACUCGCGCGGCGGCUGAGCAACAACUGCCGUAUUGUUGUCGUAAGUGAAGCCAGUCUGGACCUUUUAGGUUCUCAGCCUCAAACUCAGCUACCGCGUAUCGACCCUUCAGAUGCACUUUGUGCGAUCUUUACAUCUGGCAGCACCGGGAUGCCCAAGGGCGUUGUCCUAACGCACUCCAACUUUGCAACUGCCAUUCCUCACCAUGUUAAGACCUUUGACUUGAAGCCUACCAGUAGAGUCUACGACUUUGCUUCCUAUGCUUUCGACUUCUCCUGGUCGAACCUUCUCCUUACCUUAUACUCGGGAGGCUGCAUCUGCAUUCCGUCUGAAGACGAGCGAAGGAACGAAGUCGCUCAAUCAAUUCAGCGUUUCAAAGCGAAUUUUGCUUUCUUUACCCCUUCAGUUGCCCGUAUUCUGGACCCUGCUGCGUUGCCAACUCUUGAAACUCUAGUCGUCGGAGGAGAAGCUCUGAGUAGAACAGACUUCGUCUCGUGGCCAGACAGGAUCAAAAUAAUUAGUGUAUAUGGACCAACAGAAUGUACUGUAAUGGCUACAACUCUAGAGGUUCUACCAGGCCAGGAGCGUAAGAAUGGUUUGGGACGCGCUAUAGUGAGCACUACCUGGGUCGUUGAGCCCAACAAAGGCAUUUCAUUAGUGCCGAUUGGGGCAGUGGGUGAACUGUGGCUUGAAGGUCCCUUGGUCACGCGCGGCUAUCUGAAUGCCGCAGACAAGACAAACGAAACAUUCGUCCUCAACCCUUCCUGGUUGGUUGAAGGGAUUCCGGGCAAACCGGGAAGAGUGGGACGGCUGUUUAAGACGGGAGACUUGGUAAGAUGCAACCCUGAUGGCUCCUUGACAUUCGUGGGGCGCAAAGACACGCAAGUAAAGCUACGUGGUCAGCGUGUCGAAUUAGACGAAGUCGAACAUCAUGUUCGAGAAGCAAUAAUGGCGAAGAACACUGAUUUUGACAUUUGGGCUGGCGUACAGCUGAUUGCUGAAGUUAUUACCCCAGAAGGCAGCGAACAUUCUACCCUUGUGGUUUUCAUUCAUGCCGGUGAAGGCAGCGACAACUCCAAAGAUAUCCAGCACAUGACUGCGGGUAUAGAUGAGCAUCUUAGCCAGGUGGCGCCGGUUUACAUGACACCGACUGCCUACAUUCCGCUUGAUAACCUUCCCGUGACAGCUACUGGGAAGCUAGACCGGAGACAGUUGCGUAAGCUGGGUUCGACUCUAUAUCAUAGCCAUGUUGAAAUAAACAACAAUACUCAUCACCUGCCACCCUCCAACAGACUACAAAACACCAUUCAGGAAAUUUGGGCCGACGUUUUGAACCUUCCUCGAGCAAGUAUCUCGAUCGACGCGCCCUUCACAAAGAUUGGUGGCGAUUCAAUUACUGCUAUGCAGGUUGUGUCUCGAUGUCGUGCCAAGAACCUUUCCAUCACAGUCGGAGAUAUCCUCAGGGCCAGAACAAUUGAGAAGUUGGCGUUAUGCUGUCAGCCAGUCAGACAGGAGCGACUCGCACUGCAUCAGCAUGUAAAUGGACGCGCAUGGACUUUGUCGCCAGCACAGCAAAUGUUUUUCGAUGCUCACCCAGAGGGUCUGAAUCAUUUUAAUCAGAGCUUCAUAUUGAGACUUAUGAGGCCUAUUUCAGCUGCCGAGCUAGAGAUGGCAGUAAAGGCUGUCGUAUCCCGCCAUCCCAUGCUUCGCGUCCGCUUUCGGCAGGGCUUGAACGGAAAAUGGGAACAAAUUGUUCCCACAGAUGAAUCGACCGAAUCGAUGUUUACACAUCAUGACUCAUGUUCUCGAGAAGAAGCAAAGAUAGCCGCCGAUAGUCGCCAAGAAUCAUUGGACAUCGUCAACGGACCCCUUUUUACUGUUGAUUUGUUCUCUAUUCACGGUGAAGACCAGGCUGUCCUGCUCACCGCGCACCAUCUUAUCGUUGAUCUAGUGUUUCCUGAUAGAGAGGUCCCUCCAGUCUUCCUCGAAGGACACGGAAGAGAGCCCAUCGAUGAUAUCGAAGCGGAUCUUUCAGAAACAGUCGGGUGGUUUACAACUCUGCACCCUAUCCAGAUUCCAAACGCACACGGCUCCCUAUGUGAUACAGCCAAGUUCACAAAGGACAUUCGACGACAGAUUCCCGGCAAAGGACGACCAUACUUUGCCUACCACUACCACAGCAAGGAAAGUCUCGAGAUAGACCAAGUACAUCAAGCAGCCGAGAUCAUCCUCAAUUACACCGGCAAAUAUCAACAGUUGGAAAAUCCCAAUGCACUCUUCAAACCGGAAGACAGGGCGGCAAUUGCUCAUUUAGUGGACAUCUCCCCAGCAGCCCAUAGAUUUGCCUUGAUUGACGUCAGUGCAGACGUAGAUCAAGGAAGGUUGUCAAUCACGUUUCGGUACAAACAGCAGAUGAAACACCAAGCCAGGCUUCAGAAGUGGUUACAGAUUUUCGAGCAAACCUUGAAGCAGCUUGCUCAUAACUUGGCCAAGAAGGCAAUGGAGUUCACUCUGAGUGAUUUCUCUCUUCUAAGCAUAUCUUAUCAAGGUCUUGACGUUCUCUUCCAGAAUAGACUCCCCGCUCUGGGUGUGAGCGCUGAAGAUGUGCAGGACAUCUAUCCCUGCACAGCUGUUCAGGAAGGAAUUCUCCUUAGUACAAGAAAGGGUGCGGCUUCAUACGCAAACUACUGGGUUUGGAACUGCGUCUCGUCAAUUGAGGACAAACCCUCGCCAUUGAGACUUGAAGAAGCCUGGAGAACUGUAGCUCGAAAACAUCCUAUACUUUCCACGAUUCUAGUUGAGCAUCCAGAUACUGGUGGCUUCAUACAGGUUGUGCGAGGUGGUCUUCGUCAUCGCGUCAAUCACUUAUCCACGGCCGCGAACAAUCCUGCUGAUGUUCUCUUUGAGCAACCAGACGUAUCAUAUCAUCCUGGCGAGCCCUUGCAUACUUUCACGAUUUGCCAUGGAGCAGACAACAGUGUUGCUUGUAGGUUAGAUAUUAACCAUGUGCUUAUGGAUGCUGCAUCCAUGCAAAUACUUCUGGACGACCUCACAAGAUCCUAUCAUGGUUAUCAACUAGAAGAAGCCCCGUCAUUCCGCGACCUUGUUCAGAGUCUCGGGAGUGUAGCCAAGGCUGAGAGGCUCCAGUACUGGACCAGAUUCCUCGGACGGGUUUCGCCAUGCAAAUUCUCCAAUAUUAUGCCAGUUGAUCCAGCUUCACAUACUGGCUCCCACAAUGUUGUCAAUCUGCCCCUUGAGUCGACGGCUGGAAUUGAAAAGUUCUGCAAAUCAAAUGGCAUCACUCGCUCGGUCUUCUUGCAGGUUGCCUGGGCUUUGGUGUUAUGGCACUAUACUGGAAUGCGUGAGAUUUGCUUUGGAUAUAUGGCAUCUGGGCGAGAUGCCCCAAUCGCUAACAUUGACAAAAUGAUCGGACCUCUAAUCAAUAUCCUUAUCAGCAGAAUUGAUUUGCGUUUGUCUCUUGAUAAAGCUUUAGUAGCUACAUCUGAUCAGUCUAUUGAGCAUUUGGAUUAUCAACAUGCUUCACUUGCGGAGAUUCAGCACGAGCUGGGCAUUGGAUCUCAGCAACUUUUCAACACGGCCAUCACAGUGAGAGAAGGCACCAGUUCGAAGAACAGAAGUCUGGGUACGGUUGAGUUCCAAGAGGUCCAUAGUGACGACCCACAUGAGUUUGAUGUGAUUCUCGGGGCAAGUCUAUAUGGGGCCGACACAGCGGUUAGCAUCAGUUAUCAGACGUCAUGUCUUGGGGCGGCUGGUGCUGAAGAGUUGUGCUCUAUUCUCGUCAAAGCCAUUGACUUUAUUCAAAGCAGCAACACAGUUUCAGAGUCUAAUUUUCAGACUCCGACGGCUACUAAUACGGAAUUCCCAUCGACAGACCGUGUUGGUGCGACAGCUGGAGAUACGACAGCCGAUUCGCAACCAUUGCACAGAGCGUUCUUCGAGUAUACUGCUGGUGUCGAUGAAGAUCUAGCGAUGAACUACUGGAAGACCAAAUUCAAAGACUUCCGUGGACAGACCUUCCCGACGAUUUACCCAUCUGCUCAAGCGCAGCGUCACCGCAGAGAAUCUCUCACACACUUCAUUGAGAGCUUGCCCUGGAAUAGUUCAGUGUCAUCUGCGACCGUAAUCCAUACGGCUUGGUCAAUUCUAGUCUCUAAGCUUACCGCGAGCAGUGAGGUUGUCUUCGGUGUCUUACGUCACGAUCGCAUGUCUGUGGCAAGUGGCGUGGCUGUGCCAGUUGGAGUAGCCUUAAACUGGGAACUCACCGUGGCAGAAGUAUUGGAAGGUCUGGAACGACAAACAAAGGAGAGCCUUCCUUUCGAGGGCGUCGGACUGAAUCUUAUCCGUCAAGCGUGUGUCGCGGCUGAGGAGUCUUGUCAGUUCAAGACUCUUUUGGUGAUGCAUGACUCAGCCAACAGAGAUGCUGCUGCCGUGUACAACAAAUCGACGGGAUAUCCCUUUGAAGUAGAAUUCCAGCCACAAGAAUCUGGUCUAAUCAUUGAAUUCAGCUUCAGUCUAGAAGCACUACAGUCUGUGGAAGUGCGUCGGAUAGCUCAUCAGCUUGAGCACAUUCUGAGACAGCUUUGCAAUGCGGAUAAUAAUACCAAGGCCUUACGGCAAAUACAAGCCAUUGGCCAAGAUGACCUUCAAAGCAUUUGGGAAUGGAAUUCCGCGUUGCCAGAGGCCGUCGACCUUUGUGUCCAUGACCAGAUUUCCUCUUCAGCCCAUCAACGGCCAACGGCAACUGCUGUUUAUGCUUGGGAUGGUCAGUUAACCUACACGCAACUUGAUGAGCUCUCUAAUCAACUCGCUCGCUACCUGGUCAGCAUCGGGGUGAAGUCUAGCGUCAUCGUACCCCUGUGUUUUGAAAAGUCGAUGUGGACUUCAGUCGCUAUGCUGGCAGUGAUGAAAGCAGGCGGAGCGUCUGUAGCUUUAGAUAUAACACAGCCCAGGGCACGGCUCAAAACGAUUGUGGAUCAAGUGAAACCUAUUGUCAUUCUAUCAUCAACAAAGAAUAAGGAUCUGUCCUACGCGUUGGGUGUCUGCGAGGUGGUGCUUGUGAGCAAGGAGGAGCUAGCCAAGUUACCAUCUAGCCUUUCAUGCCUCGGCCUACCAACGAUCAGCCCUGACAACACCUUGUACAUUGUCUUCACCUCCGGAAGCACCGGUACGCCAAAAGGAGUUAUCUACACGCAUAGGAACUUCAGCAGCGCUAUCAAAUAUCAGCAGGAGGCACUUAGAGUCACCUCGAGUUGCAGAGUAUUUGACUUUGCAUCAUAUGCGUUCGAUAUAGCUUGGUGUAACUUUAUACACACCAUGGUUGCUGGUGGCUGCCUAUGUGUCCCAUCCGAGGAUGAUCGAAAGCAAAACAUCACCGCUUCAAUGGCCAAGCUCGGCGUGACAUAUGCUCACUUGACCCCUACAGUCGCCCGUAUGAUCAACGUUGAUGAAGUGCCCGACUUGGACAUUAUGUGCUACAGUGGCGAGGCUCUUCAUUUAGCAGAUCUUCCCAAAGAAAGAAAGUUGAAGAGCCUUGUCAACGUAUAUGGGCCUGCAGAAACAAAUAUUGUGACGACGGAAUCAGUAGAUCCAUACACCGUUUCAGAGCCGAGCAUUGGCAAGGGCGCCGGGGCGAACACUUGGGUUGUAGAUCCAGACAACCCCGAUCAGCUAAGUGUAAUUGGUGCAGUAGGAGAACUUUGGCUAGAAGGCCCUCUAGUCGGGCAAGGAUACCUGAGCGAUGCGGAGAGAACCAGCAAGGUCUUUGUUGAGAACCCUUCCUGGCUUACGCGUGGUAACGGGCCUCGUUGCCCCGGAAGACAAGGCCGUCUCUACAAAACUGGUGAUCUAGUACGUUAUAAUCCGGAUGGGUCUUUGGCAUUUAUCGGCAGGAAAGAUACUCAGGUGAAGAUACGUGGCCAGCGUGUUGAGCUCGAUGAAAUAGAGCUUCAUGUCCAGAACACGUUGAAACAUGAUGAUACGGUCGGCCAGACUCAAGUUGUGGCAGAAGUCAUCACUACACCAGAAACCAGUAACCAAACUCUGGUUGCUUUCGUCUGUAUGGCGACGGUCGACGCUGAGCCUACGGACGAGCAAUCAUGCAACCAAGCUGUUUGGCGGGCAACCGCUGGUAUCGAAGAGAGGCUGGCCAGCAAAGUCCCGAUAUACAUGAUCCCUACGGCGUACGUCCCAAUGAGAAGUAUUCCGAUGACUGCUACCGGUAAAACGGACCGGCGACGACUGAGGGAGCUAGCGAUGGAACUAAGCCAACGACAACAACUGACGACUGUGGGCUUCACUCGCGAAUCCGUGUUACCAAUGGAGACGGAAAUGGAACGCAAACUACAGCAGCUAUGGGCAGAUGUAUUGAGUAUCAAUGUCGACAGCAUUAGUGCCGAUGACAGCUUCUUACGUAUCGGCGGUGACUCGAUCGGGGUCAUGAAGCUGGUUGCUGCCGCUCGUCAACAGAGCCUCUCACUUUCUGUCGCCGAUGUAUUUCGACAUCCUAGAUUGAGAGAGCUGGCAAAGCAAAUUGAGUUGGACGAUCCUGUUACUCAAGAACACAUCCCCGUAUUUUCACUUUUGAAACCAGGAACCGUGGAAAAAAAGGUACGUGCUGACGUUGUUGGCCUCUGUCGCGUUAGUCUUCACGAGGUGGAAGAUGUGCUGCCGUGCACUCCACUCCAGGAAGGGUUGCUCGCCCUCACAGCAAGGCGUCCAGGCGACUAUGUAGCCGUUGUGGUGCUCGAACUUCAAGAGAAUGUUGACCUUGGGUUAUUCCGCCAAUCGUGGCAGCAAGUAAUUGCAGCUACACCCAUAUUACGAACACGGCUAGUCGACCUGCCUGGACAGGGUUUCGUACAGGCUGUAUUGCGUGAGGCAAUGGACUUUGUGCUCGUUGACAAUCUCGAUUCUUACCUCGGGGAAAAUGUCGGACAACAGAUGGGUGUUGGGACUCGCCUUUGCCAGUUAGCCGUCGCCACUGAUCAGGAUGACGGACGUCGCCAUUUCAUCUUGACCAUUCAUCAUGCUUUAUAUGAUGGCUGGUCGUUGAAACUCAUAUUCAAGGCUGCGCAAGAUCUGUACAUGAAGGCUCCCAUGCCGACUAUGAUUCCAUUUGCAUCAAUGGUUAAAUACAUGGCUGGUAUCGACCAGGAAUCCGCCAUGACAUUCUGGAAGGAAGAAUUUCUCGAUUCAGGGGCUUCUCAAUUCCCGGUGUUACCUUCAGCAACUUACCACCCUCGCUCUACCAAUCAACUAUCAUUGGCCAUUAAAGGUCUUGAAUGGGCGGGCAGUGACUUCACCGCCUCCAAUCUCAUACGCACAGCUUGGUCGAUCCUGGUGGCUAGCUAUACUGGCGAUACUGAUGUUGUCUUUGGGGCGGUUGUCACAGGGCGCCAAGCUUCAGUCUCGGGAAUCGAGCACAUCGUAGGGCCUACAAUUGCUACCGUACCGGUUCGAGUGCCUGUGAACCGGCAGGUAGCCUUGGAACAAUUACUCGAUGUCGUGCAAGCAAAGGCUGUAAAUAUGAUUCCAUUCGAGCAGACUGGUUUACAACGAAUUCGUCAGGCCAGCCUAGAAGCAGAGGAAGCCUGCCGUUUCCAGACUCUACUAGUAGUGCAGCCAACGGGGGAUGAUCAUGACUUCGGAGACGGUCAUCUUUUCCAACAGCAUACUGCGUCGGCCAACCCAGACGGAGAGUCGGGCUAUAAUGCAUUACUUACAUAUGCACUCGUACUAGAGUGCCAUUUGAGUACGACGGGGAUGUCGUUACAUGUCGGAUAUGAUCCGCAUGUUCUGGAUGACGAGCACGUACGUCAAAUUGCCAAACAAUUCGACCAUAUUCUACACCAAGUGUGCCUAAAGGAGAACCAAGCUAAAAGCCUUGGAGAAAUCUCAACAAUUAGUAGUGAGGACCUCGAUCAAAUAUGGAAGUGGAAUGCGGAUGCCCUGCAAGCAGUUGAGACUCCCGCUCAUGACUUAUUCGCCAAGUUAGCACUUCGCCAGCCAGAUGCAUCCGCUGUAUGUGCUUGGGACGGUGAUUUGACCUAUGGACAACUUGAUGAUUUGUCCACACGCUUAGCACAUUAUCUCAUUGAACGAGGUAUAGGGCCAAACACCACGGUUCCGCUAUGCUUUGAGAAAUCCAUGUGGACUCCUGUAGCGAUGAUGGCUGUGAUGCGAACGGGUGCGACAUCUGUUGCUGUCGAUGUCUCCCAGCCUGAGGAACGUCUUCACACAAUCAUACAACAGGUUUCGCCUACAAUAAUACUAGCAUCAGAAAUGAACGAGGGUUUAGCAACUAAGCUUGGUAAAGGAAGAUGCCCUAUCGUCGUGGUGAGCAACAAGAGAAUGCUGCUCUACCCUCUUCGACCCGACAUCACAUUCCCAGAAAUAAACUUGGCGAGCCCGCUUGCUAUUAUUUUCACUUCGGGCAGCACAGGAAAACCCAAAGGUGUAAUUUUGACCUAUUCAAAUGUAGCAACUGCUAUGAAGCACCACGUCAAAGCCUUUCAUAUUGGCCUAGAUAGCCGCGUUUACGACUUUGCCUCUUACAGCUUUGAUUUUGCCUGGUCUAACCUAUUGCUUCCGCUCUCUGUUGGCGGUUGUGUUUGUGUUCCCUCUGAAGAACAACGAAAGAAUGAUCUUGGCCAGUCUAUCAAUGACAUGGCGGCAACUUUUGUGUUCCUAACUACAUCUGUUGCUCGAGUUCUUGACCCUUCACGGCUACAAUUGCUGCGUACGAUUGCCAUUGGAGGUGAAGCAUCCCAAAAGGCCGACUUUGAGAGGUGGCCUGAUUCCCUUAGGCUCUUGCACGUUUACGGCCCGACGGAGUGCACAGUCAUAGCAACCUGUGGUGAGAUUCGAGCAGGGCAGGAAAAUACCGAAAGUAUUGGUUGGGGAGUGGGCACCACAACCUGGGUAGUGCAACCAACAAAUAACGACUACCUAUCACCUGUCGGUGCAGUAGGAGAACUUUGGUUAGAGGGGCCUCUUGUCUCGCCUGGCUAUCUUAACGAACCAGAGAAGACAGCUUUGUCUUUCACCAACGACGUGCCUUGGUUGUUACGCGGCGGACCAAACUGCUGUGGACGCCGCGGUAGGCUCUACAGAACUGGGGAUCUGGUACGAUACAAUCCAGAUGGAUCUCUAGUGUUCGUCGGACGCAAAGAUACACAAGUCAAGAUCAGAGGUCAGCGAGUCGAACUUGCUGAGGUGGAGGACACUGUUCGGCGGACAUUGAUCGAAACGAGUGAAUUGGCCCGCAUACAAGUGGUGGCAGAGGUCAUCACGCCACAAGAAAGCUCCCAUCCCACUCUCGUAGUCUUCAUAUGCGAGAAAAACGAUGGCUCUCUCAGCCAGACGAUACACAACAUCGACAUUCAAGCUACCAUAGAAGGCCACCUAGCCGUGAAGUUGCCAAGAUACAUGAUUCCAACAGCAUACAUACCUCUCGAAACUCUGCCAAUGACAGUUACUGGAAAAGCAGAUCGUCGAAAGUUACGGGAAAUUGGCAGCUCACUGAGCUUGGAGCAACUAACAAGGUCCAAAUCAUCGGUGAGACAGAGUCGAUUGCCAGAGACAGAUACGGAGAGAUGGUUGCAUGACGCUUGGGCAACAAUACUGGGUCGUGAUCCAUCAACAAUAGGUAUUGAUGAUCACUUCUUCCACGCUGGUGGCGAUUCCAUUCACUGCAUGCGUUUGGUACUCUCUGCCCGAGAGCAGGCUUACGAUCUGAAAGUCGUUGACAUAUUCCGACACCCAAUCCUUGCUGAUCUGGCCCGGCAUUGCGAAGAGUUACAUGCGGAGACAAGAAUUUCUGACCCGCUGCCGUUUGCGUCGCUCGAUGUAGGUGAUGUCGAUAGUUUCAUCGGGAUGAACAUAUCGCCUCUCAUACAAGAGCACCAUUCCAAGAUUUCCAACAUCCUUCCUGUGUCCGAUUUUCAAGCAGCCUGUAUUGAAAGUGCACUGCAACCCGAUUACAGCGGUUGGUUCCAUUUUUACCUGGACUUCCCAGAGUCUGUUGAUACAGAGAGGUUGAGGAAUAGCUGUCUGCAGCUUACCGAGCAUUUCGAUAUUCUUCGCACCGUGUUUAUUCGAUUAGACACGGAGUUACUACAGGUUGUCUUGGAAGGUCUUCGCCCGUGCAUAGACUUAUAUGAAUCAUGCGAUCUGAACAUUGAAUCUCUGUUCGAACAAGUCUGCGUCGAAGCGAUGAAACAUCCUGCUGUUCUCGGGACGCCAUUUCUACGCUUCAUCUUUCUGAGAGGUUUUAAUAACUCUUUUCGUCUUGUUCUCCAACUUUCGCAUGCCCAAUACGAUGGCCUCAGCCUUCCGCAAGUCAUGGCUGCAUUAACCGCAUUCUACAAUGGGCAAACACUCCCGAAGGCGCGCAGUUUCUCAAACUAUAUUGCGCAUGUGAGAUCCCAGUCUCAGGGUGAUGACUCCCGCAAUUUUUGGCGGACUCUUUUGCAUGGAUCCAAAAUGACCAUGUUGUCGAGAAAGAGAGAGUCAGCCACAUUGCGUCAAGAGACUUCGAGCAUUCGAUUAGAAAGGACGAUGCCGGCGUUGCAAUCGCGUGAUGGAGCCACUCCGGCGACUAUUUUCACAGCCUCAUGUGCUAUCAUGCUAAGCCGGAUUGUUGGAGUUAACGACGUUGUGUUUGGACGCCUUGUCUCGGGGCGAGCAGGUCUGUCUCCUGACUUACAAGAUCUUGUCGGGCCAUGCAUAAACACCGUUCCUGUGCGAGUCAGUGUGGAUUCCAAGUUGACAAUAGAUGAUGCCAUGCUUGCUACUCUCCAAAAACAAAUCGUCGAUGCCACUCCAUACGACGCCGCGAGCUUCCAUGACAUCGCUCAGCAUUGUACAGACUGGGAUGAAGCUACAAGCACCUUCCAAGUAACAACUCAUUUCCGAAACAUCGAUGAGAGCCCAGGUGCAGAUCUUGCAGGAAGCACUCAUCAUCUGGGCUAUUUUGACAGGAAGGAUUUGCCGCCCGACUUUAGAGGGAUCGACAUCGGUGCAGUGCCCGUGCAUGGCGGCAUGAACUUGGUUGUAGUUGCAAACUCUAGAUAUUGGGACUUUGAAACUAUUUCGCAAGUUCAGGAAGUUUUGUGUGAUAUCUUAGGGUUAUUUCUAGAGGCUUAG